CCGCUCCAAAGGUCAACGCGGGAAAGAGCCGGGCGGUCUCCAGCGCGUUUCCGUUUCCAACCUGAACUUCCGGUUCGUUAGCCGGUUCCGGGCCCCGUUUUUCACUUCCGGUCGCCCUCGGUUCCGCUGCGGCCGGUUCCUGCGUCCACUGCUGCCGGUUCCGCCGCGCUCCAGGUAUCUUUUUCUGAGGGAAAGCUGCUUGAUCAUAUGUUUCAAGGAUGGCCCUCCCUAUCAUCGUAAAAUGGGGUGGACAGGAAUAUUCAGUGACCACACUUUCAGAAGAUGAUACCGUGCUAGAUCUCAAACAGUUUCUGAAGACCCUUACAGGAGUGCUACCAGAACGCCAAAAGUUACUUGGACUUAAAGUUAAAGGCAAACCUGCAGAAAAUGAUGUUAAGCUUGGAGCUCUCAAACUGAAACCAAAUACUAAAAUCAUGAUGAUGGGAACUCGUGAGGAGAGCUUGGAAGAUGUCUUAGGUCCACCUCCUGACAAUGAUGAUGUUGUUAACGACUUUGAUAUUGAAGAUGAAGUAGUUGAAGUAGAAAAUAGGGAAGAAAACCUACUGAAAAUUUCUCGCAGAGUAAAAGAGUAUAAAGUGGAAAUUUUGAAUCCUCCCAGGGAAGGAAAAAAGCUUUUGGUACUAGAUGUUGAUUAUACGUUAUUUGACCAUAGGUCUUGUGCAGAGACUGGAGUAGAAUUAAUGCGGCCAUAUCUUCACGAGUUCCUAACAUCUGCAUAUGAGGAUUAUGACAUUGUUAUUUGGUCCGCAACAAAUAUGAAGUGGAUUGAAGCUAAAAUGAAAGAGCUGGGAGUGAGCACAAAUGCAAAUUAUAAGAUUACCUUCAUGUUGGACAGUGCUGCUAUGAUAACCGUGCAUACUCCAAGGAGAGGAUUAAUAGAUGUAAAGCCUCUUGGUGUUAUAUGGGGGAAGUUUUCAGAGUUUUACAGCAAAAAAAACACCAUAAUGUUUGAUGACAUAGGAAGAAAUUUCCUAAUGAACCCACAGAAUGGACUAAAGAUAAGGCCUUUUAUGAAAGCGCACCUAAAUCGAGAUAAAGACAAAGAACUUUUAAAGUUAACUCAGUACCUCAAGGAGAUAGCAAAAUUAGAUGACUUUUUGGACCUUAAUCACAAAUACUGGGAAAGGUAUCUGUCAAAGAAGCAAGGACAGUAGUUACAAGUUGUACUGGCAGUUAUUGAGGAUACUUGAGAUCACGAACUUCCUGCUUUUAUGCUAGAAAUCAUUAUGAUAGUGCUGGACACUGCAGUGAAUAUCAGACUGCUUAUACUUGGUCUUCCAGUUUUUUGUAAAUUUAAUUUUAUAUUUUUUGAAGAUCAUAGCAAUAUGCUAAAAAAAAUCCUUUUUUCCCCUAUAUGA